AUGGCGGCGGAGAUCCAGCCGAAGGCGCUGACCCGCAAGCCGAUUUUGCUGCAGCGGGUGGAGGGGUCCCAGGACGUGGUGAACAUGGCAGUGAUCGUGCCCAAAGAGGAGGGAGUCAUCAGCGUCUCAGAGGACAGGACGGUCCGGGUGUGGCUUAAGAGAGAUAAUGGACAGUACUGGCCAAGCAUCUACCAUACAAUGCCUUCUCCAUGUUCAUGCAUGUCUUUUAACCCGGAAACAAGAAGACUGUCCAUAGGUCUAGACAAUGGUACAAUCUCAGAAUUUAUUUUAUCAGAAGAUUACAACAAGAUGACUCCUGUGAAAAACUACCAAGCUCACCAGAGCAGGGUAACGAUGGUCCUGUUUGUUCUGGAGAUGGAGUGGGUGCUGAGCACGGGACAGGACAAGCACUUCACCUGGCACUGCUCCGAGAGCGGGCAGCGCCUGGGAGGUUACCGCACCAGCUCGGGGCCCUCUGGCCUGCAAUUUGAUGUUGAUACACGACAUGUGUUUGUGGGUGACCAUUCAGGACAAGUUACAAUCCUCAAACUGGAGCAAGAAACCUGCAGCCUCGUCACAACAAUCAAAGGACACACAGGUGGAGUGACAGCUUUAUGCUGGGACCCAGUCCACCGAGUGCUGUUCUCUGGCAGUUCUGAUCACUCUGUUAUCAUGUGGGACAUUGGUGGAAGAAAAGGAACUGCGAUUGAGCUCCAAGGACACAAUGACAAAGUCCAGGCUCUCUCCUAUGCUCCACAUACUCGACAGCUCAUCUCUUGUGGAGGAGAUGGUGGCAUUGUGGUCUGGAACAUGGAUGUCCAAAGGCAAGAGACUCCAGAAUGGUUGGAUAGUGAUUCCUGUCAAAAGUGUGACCAGCCUUUCUUCUGGAACUUCAAGCAAAUGUGGGACAGUAAAAAAAUCGGCUUGAGACAGCACCACUGUAGGAAGUGUGGGAAGGCCGUCUGUGGCAAAUGCAGCUCCAAGCGUUCCUCCAUCCCACUGAUGGGCUUUGAAUUUGAAGUGAGAGUCUGUGACAGCUGUCACCAGUCCAUCACGGAUGAAGAACGUGCACCCACUGCUACCUUCCAUGACAGUAAACAUAAUAUUGUUCAUGUACAUUUUGAUGCCACCAGAGGAUGGUUAUUGACUUGUGGAACAGACAAAGUUAUUAAGUUGUGGGAUAUGACACCAGUGGUAUCUUGAUGAUGCUUUCCAGAAUCUGAAAAACAGCAUUUCCGGAAGCGACAGUCAUUCUAACCUGAAUCAUUGAGGAAGAUGAAAGUAAAGCUGAGUGUGGCAGGAUGUAAGGGAGCAACUACAGAAUCUGAGUUUUUAAGUCAUCUGCUAGUGAGGGGUGCAUACUAGCAAGGAGACUCUUAUUUCAACUUGUUCACAUAACAUAAAGAGGUAU